AUGGAAAUAAAAGACUUUCACUUUCCUCCUAUAGGCUCGCUAUCAAACUAUAAUGACUCAGCAAGUCGAUUUGAAACACACAGAAGGGUUUCGAAUUUUUCUGAAAUGAAAGUGGAAUUAACUGAGAGAGAAUGUAGAUUGAAAAGAAGCCAAAGUAGAUUAAAUGCAAGCCACUCUGUAGAAAGAGUAGAUUUUCACGCUAAAAAGCCAAUUUAUGAUGAAAUCAAGCAAGCUCUUUUAAGAAAUAGAGAAAUCAGCCUUUCAAUAAAAAAUAACGAUAGCAGCCGUAAAGAAGAUUAUUUGAGAAAAAGUCUUGAAAGAGCGAAAAAUGAUGCAAUGGUAAAUGUUGCAGCAGCAUAUAAUGAAGCUGGAAAAGAUUUAUCUGUUAAGGUCUUAAACCAAGUGCUAAAAUCAGUUGAAAUAUUAUUGAAAGACCAAGCAAAAUUUCAAAACGAAGCAGAUAUAAUUCAUAAAGUGUUAAAAAAAUCAAUUUUCAUUGAAAAAGAAGAAAUAAAUGCUGAGAUUAUGGAUCACCUUUAUGAUGAUAAUAAAAACCUCAUAUUUAGCAGCGACAGAACAAUCCCUUAUUUCAUUCUUUUAAAAUCUUUAUCAGAGAAUUUUUUGAAGAUGAAAGCUAAGUACGAAAAGAAUAAGGAAAUAAUUUGUAAUAGAACGGAAGAAUUAGUGAAAGAAAUUGAAGGAAAAGAAAUAAUAAUCAAAUAUGGCGCCAUUAGAAUAUUUUGUUACCCAAACGAAUAUCUUCCUUUGGCCAAUUUUGAUUAUAUGGCUUUGCUUCACCAUCAAAUUUAUUCCAGCAAUGAUGACAUAGACACCCAUCCUUAUGGAAUUGAAUUUUCUGGAAGUGUGUCCAUCAACCCAGGCGGUGGAGAUUGGGACCUUGGCUUUGCCUAAGAAUUGGAAGCAGCCAUCGAAAUUCGAAUGCCCGAAGAUGAGGGACCAUUCAUAAAGGCAAAGUUAUUGGACGACGUGUGUUCAGAGGGAACCCCUAAGCAGGGACAGGAGCCCGUCUAGGUGAUGUGGUAUUAGACGUAAACGAAAGUAGAGUAAUUAAUUUAAGGAAAAGAAAUAAAAUAAAAGAGUUAAAUGAAAAUAUUGAAGAUUUAAAAGAAUCAAAAGAAAAAUCUGAUCAAGAAAAAGCUGAUUUAAUGAAUAAAUACAAAAGGCUAGAGGAAGACUUAAAAUUUUACAUCAAAGUGUCCUCUGAUAGAGAAAAUAUGGUACAAAAAGUGCAGAGGAAUAAUAAUGAUGGAAAAGAAAUUAUAAAAGACUUGGAAUGGCAGAUAAAAAAGUCUGAGCUAGAUUAUGAUUAUUUUUAUUCCGAAUAUCGGAAAUUGGACAAAGAGCAUAAUGAGCUGAAGCUAAAAUAUAACAAUAUGAUGCUAUCGUAUCCAAAUAUGAUUGUAAAGUUAAAGCAAUUGCAUGAAGGGAAUGAAGAAUUAGAGAAAAGAAUUUCUGGUCUAGAAGCAGAAAAUUGGUUUCAAAAUGAAAAAGUCUGAGAUUAAUAUAUUUUAAUUCCUUAAAUACAAUAAAUAUCUGAUUUGAAGCUGCUUUCUCUUUAGAUUGAACAAAAAAAUUGGGAAAAUUUUCAUUUUUUGGUUAAAUUAUCGCCCUUAAAUAGGAAAAUUUUUUACUUUUUAAUUUAAUUUUAUAGGUGAAAAUAAUAAUUUUUUUAUAUAAAUAGCUUUGACCAACUUUAACGAAGGGAAUACAAGUAGAAUGCUAUUUUAAACAGUCAGCACCUUGAUUUGAUUAGUUUUAUUCAAGAAAUCAUUAUAAAAAUAAAUUAAAACUCAAAAAUACUGCAUAAACUGUAUUAUUUUUUUUUAUUUUUUAUAAUGCUUUUUAUUAUCAUAAUUUUUUUAAAAAAAAUUUUUUGUUCACAAUUUAAAGGGGGAAAACAUCGAAGUUGCUUCUGCAACCCAGAAAAUUCUGAACUACACUUUAAAACUAGUGUCAUCGAUGACUUAACUCCAAGGCCAGAUCUCGACAAGAUAAUUUCACUCUUACAUAUUAAAAAUCCUCCAGAAAGAACCAUUUCCAAAGCAAAUACAAUUACUAUAGAGCUUCGCAAAGCAAAAAAUAAAAAACUAUCUCCCUCUCUUCUUAACUGAAAACUCCCCAACAAUUGAUUAAGGUAAUGAUAAAAAUAUUUUGAUACUUAUUUUUAUCGUCAUUUUUUUUACUAUUUAAUAAAUUUACACUUUAGAUAUAAGAAAUAGACCAUGUAAUAUAUUAGCAAAUAUGCUAGAAUUCACAUUAUAUUAGCUUUAAGCGAUUAUACUGAAUAUUCUUAAAUAUUUAUUACUAUCAAAAUAUAGUUAAUUGAUUUGAAGCGGAGUAUUGAGAUGACGACCAUAUAAAAUCGCUCGAUCAAUAUAUUGAAAGUAAGAGAAAAAAUAAUGCAGGAAAAUAUUGAAACUUCAUUAAAUCCAAAUCAAUCUGAAACAUCUUCGCCUGAUGCAUCACCUCUGGUAUACAGUCUUACAUGAAUAUUCCUUUCCAUUUUCAUAAAAUUCUUUAACAAUCAAUUUCCUCUUUCAUGCAAAAUAUUUUAUAA